AUGAGGAAGGAAUCCUAUAGCAAUUUAGAACUUCUCAAUACUGUUAUAGAAGUUAACCUAAGCUUAAAGGGUUAUCAUCAUCAGAGUGACAAAGCGUUCAUAAAGAAAGAGGCCUACACAAAACCACUCCGCUUCAACAAAACAGUUAUUAUUUUUAACCUACCUAUGCUACGAAACGAAGACAAUGUUGCCUAUAGACUAAGGGCAAACAGUGAGGGCAGCGGCUUCAAAAAGCAACACAGAGUAUGGUCAGGUCUUCUGGGCAUGCUCAGUCGCAAUGCAGCGGCAGAGAGAACGGCGACUGGCUGCGAUGUUACAAGCGGGGGCCGCGGGCCAGUUUCCUUUCCUUUCUUAGAGAAAUGGCCCCUGUACCGGGUCGGGUGGGCGGCACCGGCUUGGCCCUAUCCAGGAGAUAGAGAGAAAGAAGGGAAGAGCCCAGAAUUUGUACUUCCCUUCUUCACCUCCCCCAAGUGUAUAAAGAGCAGGGAGGGCAACGCUGUCGGUUAUUUUCUAGUCCUGUGGUCGAUUUCUGCUGCAAAGAUGGCCUCACUAAAUCCGACAGUGCCUGAGCUGCACCGACUGCUGGAGGGGGACCCUCACCUGACUACUUUUAAGCAGGACUUCGAGCGCAGGUAUGCUGCCUUUUACCACAUUUGGAAGAACAUUGAAGACAAUGAAGGUGGUAUUAACAAGUUCACAAGGAGUUACCAGACAUUUGGCGUCCACAGGUUUGUGGAUGGAGGACUCCUCUGUAAGGAAUGGGCUCCUGGGGCAGAAGCAGUGUUUCUCACUGGUGAUUUCAAUAAUUGGAAUCCAUUUUCUCAUCCAUAUAAGAAAAUGGAUUUCGGUAAAUGGGAGUUGUUCAUCCCUUCUGGACCAGAUGGAGUUAAACCUGUGUCUCAUGGAUCAAAAUUGAAGGUAGUGAUACGAAGCCAAACUGGAGAGAUUCUUUAUCGCAUUUCUCCUUGGGCAAGAUAUGUAGCUCGUCAAGGUACCAAUGUGACUUAUGACUGGAUACACUGGGAGCCACCAAUCCCAUACAGACGGAGGCAUCCUGUUCCUAAGAAGCCUAAAAGCUUAAGGAUCUAUGAAUCUCAUGUGGGAAUUGCGUCCCCUGAAGGGAAAAUAGCUUCAUAUAAGAACUUCACACACAAUGUACUUCCGAAAGUCAAGGAUCUUGGCUAUAACUGCAUUCAAUUGAUGGCUAUUAUGGAACAUGCGUAUUAUGCCUCUUUUGGUUAUCAGGUCACAAGUUUUUUUGCAGCCUCAAGCCGUUAUGGACCACCAGAUGAUUUGAAGGAACUCAUUGAUGUUGCCCAUUCAAUGGGGAUUGUGGUCCUGUUGGAUGUUGUACAUAGUCACGCAUCAAGCAAUUCAGAAGAUGGUCUGAACAAAUUUGAUGGCACAGAUUCAGCUUUUUUCCACUCUGGUCCUAGAGGAACACAUUCACUUUGGGACAGUCGGCUUUUUGACUAUGGCAACUGGGAAGUUCUCCGAUUUCUUCUCUCAAACCUAAGGUGGUGGAUAGAAGAGUAUGGUUUUGAUGGCUUUCGUUUUGAUGGUGUUACGUCAAUGCUAUAUCACCAUCAUGGAAUUGGUGUAGGCUUUAGUGGAGACUACAGUGAAUAUUUUGGUAUGCAGGUUGAUGAAGAUGCUUUGGCGUACCUAAUGGUGGCAAAUCACAUGAUAAAUCUCUUACAUCCAGAAUGUACAACUAUAGCUGAAGUAAUUUUUUAGAAUAAAUUUUAAUUCUUAUUUU